AACAUGAAAAAUCAUUCACAGGUGACAGAGUUCAUUCUCCUGGGAUUGUCAGAUGACCCAGAUCUUCAAAUAGUCAUUUUCUUCUUUGUCUUACUGGCCUACAUCUUCAGCAUUGUUGGGAAUGUGACUAUCAUCAUCCUCACCCUGAUGGAUUCCCACCUCCAGACUCCAAUGUAUUUCUUCCUCCGGAAUUUCUCCUUCUUAGAAAUUUCAUUUACAACUACCAGUGUUCCCAGAUUCUUGGGAACCAUUAUUACUGAGGACAAGACCAUUUCUUAUAAUGGCUGUAUGGCUCAGUUGUUUUUCUUCAUUCUCUUGGGAAUAACCGAAUUUUACCUUCUAACAGCCAUGUCCUAUGACCGCUAUGUUGCCAUUUGCAAACCUCUACAUUACACAAUCAUCAUGAGCAACAAAAUAUGUACAUUGCUUGUGUUCUGCUCAUGGUUUAUGUCAUUCAUAAUCAUUUUCCCACUAGUCAUGCUAAUGCAGCAUCUUGACUACUGUGCUGUUAAUAUCAUUGACCAUUUCGCCUGUGACUUUUCUCCCCUCUUACAGCUGUCUUGUACAGAUACACAAUUCUUAGAAAUAAUGGCUUUUUGCUGGGCUGUGGUGACUCUUUUUCUUACACUAGCAUUAAUAAUUCUCUCCUAUACAUAUAUCAUCCAGACAAUUCUGCGGAUCCCCUCUGUCAGUCAGAGGAAAAAGGCUUUUUCCACUUGCUCUUCUCACAUGAUUGUCAUCUCCAUUUCUUACGGAAGCUGCAUCUUCAUGUACCUCAAACCCUCAGCAAAGGACAGAGUCUCUUUGACCAAGGGAGUUGCUGUGCUUAAUGUAUCAGUAGCCCCCAUGUUGAAUCCCUUCAUUUAUAGCCUAAGGAAUCAGCAAGUGAAGCAAGCCUUUAUGGACAUGAUGCGGAAGAUUGUAUUUUCUUCAAAAAAAGGAAAAGAUUUGUUGAAUUGA